UGUGUAAGCAACCUCCACUUGCUCUCCAAACAUGCAUCCUUGCGAAGCGCCGCGGUGUGAGGUGUGAUGUCAACGCUGAGCUCUCGCUGCUCCCCAGAUCAGUCUCAAGGAGGAUCGACGAGAGGCUGAAAACUUCCAAGAAGCUCAAAGACGUCCACCAGACACGCACGUUUGCAUCCUGAAAACAGUAGAUUUGCUCCUCAAACAUGGAGUCAAAAACUGAUGUUGGAUCAGCAUCGGUGACCAGCGAAGAACUGGCUGCUGUUGAGGAUGAAGAGGUUCUCAACAAGAUGCUGGAUAAUGCAACCGACUUUGAAGAGAGGCGAAUGAUACGUGCUGCGUUACGGGAGCUGCUCAAGAAAAAGAGAGAUAAACGGGAGCAGGAUCGGGGGUCGAGGCAGCAGGACUUGAGGCAGCAGGGCCUGAGCAAAGGAGGGAAAACAGGCGGGGCUGUCAGCAUAGGCAGAGCAUCCAUGACCCAGCAGCCACCAGCAAACAGGCCGUCAGGUCAGCCCUCUCCAUCAGCAGGCAGCGAGACCAGUCCCGCUGUAGCCUCAGCUCAGAAAUGUCCUCCUGCUGCAGCACCCAACGUUAAAAAUGUCAAACAGAUGCUUCUGGACUGGUGCAGAGCCAAAACCGAGCCAUAUGAGGGGGUGGACAUCCGUAACUUCUCCUCAAGUUGGAAAGACGGCAUAGCCUUCUGCGCCUUGGUGCACCGCUUCUUCCCCGACGCGUUUGAGUACUCGAUCCUCAACCCCAACAAGCCCAGGGAAAACUUCCAGCUGGCUUUCAACGCUGCAGAGAGGCUCGCUGGCUGCCCCCCUCUGCUGGACGCCGACGACUUAGUCCGGAUGAAGGAGCCCGACUGGAAGUGUGUGUUCACGUACAUCCAGGAGUUCUACCGCUGCCUGGUGGAGAAAGGCCUGGUCAAAACCAAAAAGCGACCGUAGAGUCUGACAGCUUUCAUGAUUGGCAGUGACUUUCAAUUUUUACAAUUAUUAUUAUUAUUAUUAUUGCACGCAUGAGGUCUGAGAGAUACUAUUGCUCACCUUUUUCAACUUAAUAUUUACAUUUUGUCUUUGAUCUUAGAGUUGCUAUUUAGUACUUAAUGUAUCUGGCUGACGCAUUAUGUUACUGUAAAUGCAGUAUUUGUAUCGGUUUGUGUAUUAGCGGGGACUUGCGGAUGUCUGUGCUCUCAGUGGACAGCUGGCUCUUAGGAUCAGUACAUUCCACUGAGAUUACACAUCUGCAUUAAUCCCCGUCAGAGCCAUAGAGAAUCUGGGAACAAAUGUUAUCAUGAUGCUGUUGAGGGCCUGCGAGUGUGAGUAUUGCAGACAAAGUUAAUAAAUAUCCAUUCCAUUAUACAUGCUGUUGUUGUCUACCUAUAACUGAUGAUUAAACUAAAUGGUACUGUAGAUACUGAAGUGAUUUAUUUGCCUGAUACAUUAUUCAGCAGCUCUUCGCCUUUUAUUCAAAACUCUUUGGCCAGGACGUUAUGAAUGGAUACAGUUUGUG